UGCCAUGGUAACCGAGAGAGUGUUUGUAGCUGGAAGGCACCUGGAGGCCGGUGCAGACCUGUUUCAUUUUACAAAGCAGUAAACCAUGGCAAAGGGCAAGAAGAAACAAGACAAGAACAAACAAGACAAGAAAGAGAAGAAGAAGAAAAAAGCAUCGCAACAGCCCAAGGAAGCUCGGACAUAUUUCCCAGAAGCUCUAUUGGAAUAUCAAAUUCAGAUAAAAGAAGAGAUAAUCGAUCAGCUUCUAGUCGAAAUCAAACGCUUAGAAGAUAUAAAUGAGAGAUGCCUCCAAAGAAAUGAGGACCUAAAGGCAGAACAGGCCGGGCACAUCAGGGCCCUCCUAGCCACCUUGAAAGAGCAAGAGAAAGAACUAGAGAAGAUUGAGGUUGUGACCCGGGAUGAUGUGGAGAAGGCCAUGAAAGAGAAGUGGCAGUACAUUAAGGACCAGGAAAAACUGAUCAAAGACAUGCGCUCUCAGAUCAAUCAAUUUGAGCAAAAGCUUCAAGUGAAACAGGCAGAGAUAGACUACUGGUUAGAAUACAAGAGGACGGGGAGCGGUGACCACGCCCAACAAAUCCAGGUCCUCGAGCAAGAUAUCCUGAAACUAAGGGCAGACCUAGAGGAAAUGAUAGAAUUUUUCAGAAUUGCUCUGGAAGAAACAAAGCAAAAAAUUGACAAAUAUACACUGAAGCAAAUGGAACUGAAGAAAGAAUGGGCUACUGAGAAUGCCGUUAAGCACAUUGACAAAAUCAGCUGCCGGGAGAUCAAAGAAUAUGAAUGGCUAAAGGAAGAGGUUGCAAUUUACAGGAAGGAAGUGAAUGAAUUGGAAGCUUCUGCUCACGCCCUGGAAGAGGAAAAUAUCUAUCUCAUCAAGAAACUCUACAAUCGUAGACUGCGCUACCUAAGAAUACCCAGAAACAUAUUCCUUACCCAGAUUGCUGGCCUGCAGCUUACAGAAGAAGAAUUGGAAAGCAUGGAAUCCAAGGAGCUGCCAGAACAAGGAGCAUCCUCCCAGAUGUUUCCCUUGCUGCACUGCAAGAUACAUCAGCCUGAGCCGAUCAGUUUCUCUCCCUCUGAAGUCGUCCUUGCCACAGAGGUGGCCGGGGAGAGAGAGGAAGGAGAGGAAGGAGAUGAAAGAGAGAAACAGCUUGAGAGUCCUUCUGAACUGGUGUACCUGCGAGGGCAGUCGACCUCCGAGUUCCUUCCUCCACUCCUGUACGAAGACACAGCAGACUUCAAGGAAUACACAGAAGCGGGGCCUUUGGAGGUGAAGCUCAUGAGCCUGGUUGGCAGAGCCAAGCCUCUCCACGAAGACGCUAAAGAAAUGCCGAGCCUUACCUGGCUCGAAGAGAAAUACGGCAACGCCGAAGCAACCCACCACAUCACCUACCGGAUGAUCAAGUCUGUAUUUCCUUGAGACUUAAGGCAGAGAUCCCCGUGUUUGUUUGUUUUUAAAGUGAGCGUCAAGUCGUUCAGGUGCAGUUUGUAUGUGACUGUGGCCGUCGGCUUAUAUUGAAAAAUUAAAUUGGAUGGAGUAAUAAG